AUGGGCGUGAAACAAGCCUUGAAGAGCUUGGAUGCAUUUCCUCGUGCCGAAGAGCACUUGUUGCAGAAAACACAAACUGGGGCAGUUGUUUCUGUUGUUGGUCUACUUAUAAUGGCGACGUUGUUUGUGCACGAGCUGAGAUAUUAUCUUACCACAUAUACCGUCCAUCAGAUGUCCGUAGACUUGAAGCGUGGAGAGACUCUCCCAAUUCACAUAAAUAUCACAUUUCCAUCUUUACCUUGUGAUGUUUUGAGUGUGGAUGCGAUUGAUAUGUCAGGAAAGCAUGAAGUGGAUCUUGACACAAACAUAUGGAAACUUCGCCUGAACAGUUAUGGCCACAUCAUCGGCACGGAAUAUUUGUCUGACCUUGUGGAAAAGGAACAUUCUCACAAGCAUGAUGACAGUAAAGAUCAUCAUGAGGACAAGGACCAGGAAAUUCAUUUACAAGGAGCUUUUGAUCAAGCCGCAGAAGAUCUCAUCAAGAGGGUAAAGCAUGCAAUAGCAAAUGGAGAAGGAUGCCAGGUUUUUGGUGUUUUAGAUGUCCAAAGGGUUGCUGGAAACUUUCACAUUUCAGUUCAUGGAUUAAACAUUUUCGUUGCACAAAUGAUUUUUGAAGGAUCUAAAAAUGUAAAUGUAAGCCACAUCAUUCAUGACUUGUCAUUUGGCCCAAAAUAUCCAGGGAUUCACAACCCACUUGAUGGGACGGAGCGUAUUUUGCAUGACACAAGUGGCACUUUCAAAUAUUAUAUAAAGGUUGUUCCAACGGAAUAUAGGUAUAUCUCAAAAGAAGUUUUGCCAACCAAUCAAUUCUCUGUCACAGAAUAUUUUUCUCCUAUGAAGCAGUUUGAUAGGACAUGGCCAGGUUGGUUUAUGAGAAAUUAUUUGAAUGCUAGAUCGAUGGAUGUACAGGUUUCUUGA